CAAAACGCUAAUUUCGUUUUGAGUUUUUCUCAGCCGCUGUGUCCGCUGUUUGGUUUUAACAAUUUAUCAUAAAUUAUCGUCAUAGUUGUUUAAAAAGAGUUAUUGUUUUGCUAAAAAAUAUCGCUACAUAUAUUUUUAUUAAUAAUAGGUAGAGGAGGUUAUUAACUAGCUGUCAGUUAAGAGGACAUUUUUGUGGGACUGCUUCUAUUAAAUUUCGCAAAAUAGGAGACGACAACCCCUUUAAGUUUUCAAAUUUCAUAUCGAAUCUGCCACCAAUCAUACAGGCAUUUGCUGUCCAUACAGACAUUUGCUGUCCAUAGUUAAAACUCCAGCUAAAGAACAAAAUAAAUUACAAGGAUAUUAACUCAGAGGAUAAAAAAACAGAGACACUUAGGAUUUACAAGGGUGGUGGAGCGAUGCCUCGUUGCAGUAAACGCACGCGGAGCGGUGCGCCCACUAACGGGGGCGAUGUGCUGCCAGGAGCCACCUCGAUAGACGACCACCAUCACCACAAACGAUCUAGAAACAGCAGUUCACGUCGACAUUCCAAAUCUGAAGACAUCAGUUUCAGUGUUAAGAAAUGUUUAACAUGGUUCAAAGAAUACACUACGGUCACAGAACCUGAUGUAUUAGGUCCAGAGGGAAUGGAAAAGUUUUGUGCAGACUUAGGUGUAGACCCAGAAAAUGUAGUCAUGUUGGUUAUUGCAUACAAAAUGGGCGCCAAACAAAUGGGAUAUUUCACACAAGAAGAAUGGUUAAAAGGUUUAACAGAACUACAGUGUGACAGUGUGCACAAAUUGCAGAACAAAUUAGAAUAUUUACGCAGUUUACUCAACGAUCCUUAUAUAUUUAAGGCUAUAUACAGAUAUUCUUAUGAUUUUGCUAGGGACAAGGAGCAGCGGUCGCUGGACACGGGCACGGCGCGCGCGCUGCUGGCGGUGCUGCUGCCGCGCUGGCCGCUGCGCGCGCAGCUGGCGGAGUUCCUCGCGCGCGAGCGGCGCUACCGCGUCGUCAACCGCGACCAGUGGUGCAACAUCCUCGAGUUCAGCCGCACCGUCGACGCGCACCUCACCGCAUACGACGCCGACGGCGCGUGGCCGGUGAUGCUGGACGAGUUCGUGGAGUGGCUGCGGGCGGAGCGCGCGGCCGACGUGGCCAUGCCGCCCGCCAGCUGAGGCCGCUAGCACGCACGGUACGCGCCCGGCCACGACACACCACCCACACCACCACCACCACCAUCACCACCACCACCACACCGCUUCAAUCUCAAACUUUACUGACAUACGGCCGUGUUCACGACGCGGGACAAUCGCGACUCUAUCUAAUUUGGUGAUGUGCCGCGCGUUAAACACUUGUCACCGUGACUGGCUGUAGUAAAUUAAACCAUUCAUGAAAUCAUUUUGCAGCUAAAAGUCCGCUACAAACUAAUAACAAAUGACGUCAUCAUAGGGUUGCCAGAAUGAGAAUACAGCGACUUGUCUAGUAAAAGCAGUUCCUUUGCGGUAGGUCUGCAGGUUUAGCACUCUUUAGAUAUUAGUCCUGCGUGAAAAUAUCGAUUGCUAAACUGCGUUUUAGCAGGACAUAGUUUAUGAUUCUGGACAAAACCGAAAUACCUAAAAUAUAUAUUGGCAACCCUGAACAGUGUGUGACUUAUAGUAGAGCUUAUCAAAAAUACGCAUGAUCUGCUAUUUGAUGGCAAAAUAACAUCAACGGAUAUUAAUAAAAUUUAACCAAACAUACACAAACUAAAAAAAUUGAAAAGCGUCACAUCAUCUUUAUUUGGUAAGUUAAUUAUUAACAGUAAUUAAUGUGCACACGUUGGCCGAUUUCAUUUAAAAUUCAUGAUUGGUAAUUAAUUAAUUAAUUAUGAAAACAACAACCAUGCUAAAAAUUAUCACAUUAAUGUUACGAAUGAUUCAGUUGACUGCCAAUUAACCUAUCAGCUAAUGUGCUGCGAUUCAGGCUCGACUUGGGUCUCGAAAAUGUACUACCGUCACUCGAAUAGUACCAAAAGCACUGCCCUGAAGAGCCCUCAACAAAUAUAGACAUAGGGCCCUUCUAUGGCAAGCUACGAUACUGCUCUUUGUGUUAUGUUCGUCAUACGUCAAUUUUUAGACAUUCUAGCCAAAAUUGACUGUUUUUGUCAACCAAUACGUAAAUAAUUUUUGGAGUCAUAUUAAAGAAAUUUACGAACUUGACAAAUAAUUUCGUUAACGCAGGUUGGUUUGGUCAUAUGUUAUAACGCUAAAACGCUCGACUUAAUACUUCAAUCAUAUCAUUACAACACAAUUAACAGAAAAAUAUUACAUAAAAAAAAUUACCGUCUCCUAAUAUAAGAAACUUAUGAAACAAGCAUGCUUAUGAAAUUCAUUAACAUGGUAAUAUAACCGGCAGAAACACCCCGUAAAAAGCGUACAUUUCACAAACAUCGUAUUUGGGAAGUGUUUAUGUACCAAACAACUUUGUAAAGUGGACUCAUUGUAAAUGUAUCCUUUUUGUAUAUUACUCUAUUGUCUAAUUUGGAAUAAACGACACAGUGACGCGCGAUUUUUCUUUUACUUUAACACAUCCGAUGUUCUGCUUGCCGUGUGCUGAAACGGGAUAUCCAGUCAAAAACGUAUAGAAUAGUUUUGAAAGCCAGUGGUGGUGUUUGAGAAGUCUAUCCUAUUGAUAUAUAGUAUAUACUGUAACUGGAUGUCCCGGGCCAUCUACCCAGCAAGGGAUGCACGGAAAGGUUUCAUUCUUAAAUGCCAAAUAUAAUGUCAGUUUUUGAAUUUAUUUUACGAUUGAUAUACAUGAUUUUUUGCACACGGAGGAGCUACAGACACACACAUGCACACACACACAUACAUUGUAUUGUGUCCUAUAUAUUUUUGUCUCAUUACUAGUUUUAAGUUUACUUGUAUAUUUUUAGCAUUUAUAUUUAUGUAUAUUAUGAAUUUACUACCGCUCCUCUAUAAUACAUAUAUGUUUGAAAAUCAGUUUUGUUUUAGCUAUUACUGUAUCAUAUGCAAUCUCUGAUAUCCAGUUUGAAUCUGUUUAUGAGUCAAUUCUGAUGAUGUUUAUUUGAACGAGCAGUAACAGUAGGUAUUGUACUCAGUACUUAAUAAGAGUCCUCAAGAUAUAUUAUUGACGAAGAAGCGCGCAGAAUUGUUAAGAAAUGCACAGCGUGACGCCUUAGAAUAAUGCGAGCAUAUUGUGAUAAUUUACUUCUGUGUAUUUUACAUAAGCUUCAAGAAAUAUGCCGACACGAACAAAAUUGUUUACAGUAUGUUUGUUGACAUAAAUAUGAAAUAUUUUGAUAAUAUGUCACAGCAGUGGCAGUGCGAUAAUUUAAGAGAGGGGGGAAUAAUUCGCGAUCAGUUUGCUAAGAAUGGCGAUAGCCUAGUUGGGUGUGGAACGGACUGCCGAGACGAAUGUCCGCAGGUUCAAAUCCCAAGGGCACACACCUCUGACUUCUAAAAAAAUCAUGUGUGUAUUCUUUGUGAAUUUAUCGUUCGCUUUAACGGUUAAGGAAAACAUCGUGAGGAAACCUGCACAUCUGAGAAGUUCUCUAUAGGAAUUUCGAAGGUGUGUGAAGUCUACCAAUCCACACUAGGCCAGCGUGGUGGACUAAGGAUUAAUCCCUCUCACUAGUAGAGGAGGCCCAUGCUCAGCAGUGGGCAAGUCUUUAAUACAGGGCUGUUAUUAUUAUUAUUGCUUAGAAUGUAUUGAAAAACAUAAUACGACUAUCCCGUCGUUUUAUUAGGAUUGGUCUCUUGGCCAAUCAAACAUUAAAAUUACAUUAAUUUUCGAGCCGCGGUUUUUUGGGACAUUCUAAGGGGGGUGGUAAAUUUUUUACACUAUUAAUAAACUUUGGUAAGUGUAAUCAAAAUUUAUCUGACCAAUGAGUGAAGUCACUUCAACAAUCGUUGGAAUUAUUUUAUUGUAUUUUUAACCAUCCAUCACCAAGGACAAAUAUUUUUUAUAGCAAAAAUUACAAAAUUUGAAACACUAAUGACAUCAUCAGGGUUGGCUCUAUUAUAUUAUAUAUUUUAAUAAAUUUUGCCCACCGACAUUCUUUUUUCAAUAAAAUAGUUUAACUAAAGAUUUUUUUUUAGUUUGAGCCAUUGUUUUUUCUUUCUAUACCAAAUAACUCCGGUGGGAUUGUGUUAACAAUGUCCUGUAAAAGCUUUUAAAGACAUGUUCACUGCGACUGAUUUUUUGACACAAACUAAAGUUUUUUUAUUCUGUAAUGUUUACUUUAUCUCUGGACGUUUUUAUUUUUUGCAACUGACAUGUUUUUAUUUGUAAUAAAUUUUUCAAUACUUAAUUAGAAUUUUCAGUUUAUAUCGUUAGUCGAGCAGAAACUAAAAAUGCUUGAAUAUUAAUAAUUUAUAAAAACAAAAAUGUACUUUAUUUGUUAUGGCAAAUAAGGCAAAUAAAUGUUCUCUCAAUAAAUAAUUAUCAAGAAAUUUGUCAAAGGAUUUGGUUAGGGCUGAGAUGAGGUCAGGUUAUUGUAGCCCUAAUUUAGUUUGCAAAAAAACAUGGUCAGCCAACAGCAAGCAUGGGUGCAUCAUGGCAUUAAUAUAAAAUAUGUAAUAAAGGUUGUUUAUUGUGAAGGUGGUUGUGGUAAGCGAAAAAAGGUGGAAGGAGUAUUGUUGUGCUUUGAAAAUAGGGUGAAUCACUUCAAUGGGCUCAGUACAUAUUUUGGUAAGAGUUGCUUGCUUGACUUUUCCUGCUCAAGAAGUGUAACAUAUCAAGUGUUAGUUUGUUACAUAUUGAUAGUCAACUCAUUCAGUAAACAGAAAAAUAUGGCCUGUUCAAAACUAUGGUGGAAGACACGAAGAAGACUCAAGUGGGUAUUCUUGGGCUUUUUUAAAUAGUUCAAUAGCAAUAGUGAUUUUUACAAAAUGGAUUUAAGGCUGCAUUUUUAAAUCUGCCAAAGAAAUAAGGCUUUUGUGGUUCCUGCUUGUACUAAAAAAUAUAUGGAAAAAAUAGAAACGUCCAAUUAUAGCGCAAGCAGAUUACUGCUGACUUUAGACUGGACUACUAAUGUCAUUAUACAGAAUCAAGUUCCAAUAAAUAGACUAGGUUUGUGUCUAGUCGACAAUAGGCUUAGAUGUAGAUAUUGUUUUAUAUAAAACGUGUAGUUAGAUAUAUUAAAUUCUGAUUGUAAGUGGGGACUAGUGCGUACACAGACUAACAGGACGCUUGCACUGUGAGUAGCCAUUGGGUGGAAAUACUACCGUGAAUUAUCGAGAGCAUGGUAAUAAUGCCCUCGCUUCUCGAUCAUAUUGUGUGAUGUGUAAAUUUAAUUCAUGUUCAAUUGUCAAUUUAGCGCACCAUUUGUUACAAAAACCAGUAGUGGAUGUUUUGGGCCUAACUUUUGACAUAGACUUGGAAUUCACAGUUGCAUCAUUUAGACAUUGAAUACCCAAAGGCUGACAUUAAUUCGAACGAUUGGCAACUCUAGACAAAACAGAAUUAAACAUAUUCGUUACAAGUAGGAACCAAUUAUAGACCUUUUCAAAUAGAGCUGAAAAUGUACAUUUCUGUGUAAUUGAUGGAAAUAUAUUUAUGAAAAUUCUCAUACACGUCAAUUUAAUAAAAUAUUGUGAAUUUUAAUACUCGGCAAUACAACUGAAAAAAUCCAGAGCACUAAUUAAUUUUGAUUUAUACAGCUGGGGACAUUGCUACAAAAUCCUCAAUAAAAUGCAAAGAACAAUCAAAUACAUCAAUAUAAAAAUUAUUUGGAAUAUUCAUAGUAUUACUGCGUUGUAGUCAAAUUUAAUAGAGUAUUAAACUUUUUAAUUACAUUUAAUUUUUAUAAUAAUUAUAAUGAAAUGUUGAUAAAAUUGUGUAUAUUACCGCAAUAUGAGUACCUAUAAUAUAAAAAGUAAAGUAGGUAUAUAUCUAUGAAAGGAUUAUGAUAUGUAUAAGUUUAGAAUUGUUAAAACUGUGUACGCACAGGUCAUCUUGUUUCUCUGUAAAUGACGGUGUAUACUAAAUUAAUCACGAAACGUUUAGGCCGCUGUACCGAAUGUUAUUACAGGAGGAAUAUGAAUAAAAAACUUUCUAAAAUCA